AUGACUAUGAACAACACUAAUAACGCUACAAGAAAGGCAAUUCCUUCAUACAUACGGAAAGCCACGUUGAUGGCAACCUGUCUCGCUAUCGCUACCAUUUCUCCAGCCAAAGCCUUCCAACAACCACAGAAACAAAAGUUCACAGCAUCACCCAAGACUGCUUCUUCGAUAUCGUCCGACAUUGCGUCACCCCCCAUUUUCCCACGAAACAUUCAAAACUAUAUCCCGAAUGUGGACUCAGGGACCAAUCCUACUCAGCAACCACAAUCACAACAUGAAGAACAACCUGGUGUCAUUACCACAAAUGACUCGUCUCUUUCAUUAGUGGACAAGGUCAUGAACUCUUACUUGGGUCCUCGCAUCUUGCUGGCUUCCGUCGCUUGCUUUUAUGGAACGAAUUUUCCCUUGGGCAGUAUCAUGGACCAUGCCUUGCCAGCUUCGGCGGCUUCCUCUGGUCGAUUCUUGCUGGCUGGAUUGGCAUUGAGCCCCUUUUUGGCACAAAUAAAAAAGGAAUACAUUGGCAUGUCCGUCUUGGCGGGAUGCUUUACGGCCACUGGCUAUGUCGCACAAUCACUGGCGCUCGUCGAUACUCCUGCCGCAACGGUUAGUUUCUUGGGAGCCGCGUCGGUCAUUUGGUGUCCUUUGUUGGAAGCCUUUGUGGACAAGAAACCCAUGUCUGUUAAGGAUCGCCCGCAAACUUGGUUGGCCGGCAUUCUGUGCAUCAUGGGAGUGGGGGUUUUGGAACUCUGUGGUGGAGCAGUCGAAGGCAGCGGAGGCAUCGGCAUGGGAGACGCCUUGGCUUUGUUGCAGGCCAUUUGCUUUUCGACUGGAAUCUUUAUUGCCGAAAAGAUGGUGCACAAGCAUCCUGACCAAGCUUUGCCGGUCACCUCCGUUAUGGUGGCCACGACUGCAUUGGUGUCCAUGAUUUGGGCAUUGACAGAUGGUUGGAUGGGGACACCUGGAUGGGAAUCCAUGACACUGCCGGGACUUUUCAUGGAUCCAGCCAUGCACGAGGUUGCCGGCGCUGUGGUCUGGACCGGUAUCAUGUCGACCAGUUUGAGCUUUUUCUUGGAGAACUUUUCACUCCAAAACGUGCCUCCUGCUGAAGCCACUGUCAUUUUGAGUACUGAACCACUUUGGGCCGCUGGCUUUGCUUCCAUUCUACUCGGAGAGUCCUUUGGAAUGAACGAUUACGUUGGCGGAGGCUUGAUGCUUGCCGCCUGUAUGGCGAAUAGCUUGAAACCGAAACAUUUUCAAGCUCUUAUGAGGCAAAGGGCUGAGGAGGACGACGACAAGGCACUCGAAAGGUGA